UCCCUCAAAAACGCUUGAAUUCGCAAACUUCAGAUAUAAAAGGACCAUUGGAUGGUAUUCAUGUUUUAGAAUUGGGACAGAUCAAAAUUGAAUCACCAGGAACAGGCGAUCCACUUCGUAAUUGGCGAACAAUAGAUUUCGAUGGUGUUGGCCCAUGGUUUCGCUCAAUGGGCAGAAAUAAAAAGUCAUGUGAGAUAAAUUUGCGAACAGAAGGUGGAAGAAAACUCGUUCGCCAGUUGGCUGACAAAUGUGAUGUUUUAAUUGAAAACUUUCGUCCUGGUACGAUGGAAAAGUGGGGACUUGGACCUGAUGAACUUUACAAGACAAAUCCUUCGUUAAUAUAUACACGCGUUUCUGGGUUUGGACAAACCGGUCCUUAUGCAUCAAAACCAGGUUUCGCGUCUGUAUGCAAGGCGAUGGCAGGAUUUCGAUAUAUAACCGGUUUUCCAGAUAUGCCACCGGUUCGCCAAAACAUAUCUUUGGGAGAUUCAGUUACUGGGUUAACUGCAGCAUUUAGAACUGUUAUGGGACUUUUAGCCAGGAAUAAAAUUACUUCCAGCUCCAAAACUGGACAGGUGAUUGAUGUAGCCAUUUAUGAAAGCAUGUUUAAUAUGAUGGAGGGCAUUCUGCCAGAAUAUGAUAGAUUUGGAGAAAUAAGGCAACGUUCUGGUACUUCUGUGACCGGUAUCGUACCUACAAACGCGUAUCUGUGCGCAGAUUCUAAGUAUGUAAUCAUUAGUGGAAACGGAGAUGCAAUAUAUAAACGACUGAUGAAAGUUGUCGGAAGGAAAGAUCUCACCACCGCAGAAUAUGAAACCAAUAAAGAACGUUUAAAACAUGGAGAAAUGAUCAAUAAUGCAAUUUCAGAUUGGACACGUGCUUGGACAUCCAAAGAAGUGGUAGAAAAAUUAGAGAAGGCUGAGGUACCAUGUAGCUACAUAUAUAAUAUUAAAGACAUUGUUGAAGAUGAGCAUGUUCAGGAGCGUGGGUUACUUGAAACA